ACUUCCGGUUGUCUUUCGAAGUCGUUCUUUUCAUCUUGUUUUAUCCCUUCUUAGUAAAAUGAACUGAGAUGUUAGCUUGCGCCAGGUGAAUACAAAAACUCACCAGACUCCAAGAUGGCUGGGAUUGGAAAUAGACUGAUGGAAUCAAAGAUACAUCCUAGUGGCAGAAACUUGCAGGCAUUUGGAAUGGAGGAUUUCAGCUCUCCAUCUCAGUUUGACACUGGGGGUGGAACAAAUUCACGGAUGAUGACAAGAGAUGAAAUUGAUGAACGCAGAGCCAGAACACAGGAAAGACUUACAUUAGAGGAUGUUAGAUUUUCAGACAUGAGGAAGAAAGUUCCUUUAAUGGGAAGGGUCCCGUUAAGUAAAAUGAUGAAUUCUGACCAGGAAGAUAAAAGUUUUGAGAAGCAAAAGUUGGAUCAUAUUGCUUUCAUCAGACAAAACUUCAUGCAGUUAGAAUGUCAACUAUUUGUUCCUGCACCAAAUCAACAAAAAAUAGAGAAAAUAGAGGCGCUAAAAUGUCACUGUGGAGAAGUUUUAAAAAAUCAUGUUCCACAUGAAUUUACACCAAUAGGAAAACGUAACUUUGGAAACUUAAUUCCAGCUGAUUUAAAGCCAUUUAUUGAUCCUAACAACCUUGGAUCUAAACCACCUGAAAAGUUCCCGCCGGUGGAAUGGAAAGCUGAGAAGGCUAUAAAAGUAAAAUAUACAACAUCGUUUGGCAAAAUCAAAUUUACUGGUAUGGAACAAGUUGGUGGCAUGAAACCUGCAAAGUACUUACGUUUAAAAGAUGAAGAACAACCAGAUUCAGUUGGCCUGGCUAUUAAGCUGAUGAAAGACCACUGGAGAAUAAUGGAACCAAAUACGCCUAGUCUGAUCAUAUCUGUUGUUGGUGGUGCUAAAAACUUCAAGCUUAAUGGUAAAAUGAGGGAAACUUUCCAGUCUGGUCUAAUUAAAGCUUCUCAGACAACAAAUGCCUGGCUGAUAACCUCAGGAUUCAAUAUGGGAGUAAUGAAGGAAGUAGGAUUAGCAGUGAGAGAAGGCCAGUCAUUCGAAUGGUAUAAAGACAGAUUUGCCCAUGUUCUACGUUGUAUUGGAAUAGCUCCAUGGGGAUAUGUUAAAAAUAGACAUGUCUUGACAGACCACAAUAUCAAUGUACAGGAAAACACACAGGGUCUGCCAAAAAGACUAGGUUAUGACAAGAGAGGACAUUCCCUUAUAUUUGAGGGAAAGUUUGAUAAAAUAGCUGAAUACAAAACCAGUAAUGUGAUAGAACAUGCAAAACCAGUACCACUGAAUUCAGAUCAUACACAUUUCAUCUUUGUUGAUGAUGGAUACAGAAACUUGUAUAGGGGUGUGGCUAAAUUUAGAGCUAGAUUUGAAAAGAAACUGUCUGAUCCUAUAGAAAAUGGAGGAGAGGGGAUCCCAGUGGUAUUGAUUGUAGUAGAAGGAGGUCGGGAUGCUAUAGAGGAUGCUAAAACCUCUCUCGGACAGCAUAUUCCUGUUAUAUUGUGUGAGGGUACUGGUAGAGCUGCUGACAUACUGGUGUAUGCCUACACCAACCCAGAGAGGGGGACUAAGAUUCGUAAAUUGAUAAAGAAGGCAUACUUUGAAUUGAAGCCGGCAGACAAGGAUGAUCCUAAAGCUAAACAGAAAGCUGAGGAUGGAAUCAAUAGUGUGUUUGAAAGUGUCAAAUGUUGUAUUGCAAAGAAAGAUAUGAUCAGUAUAUUUCAUAUUAACAAACAUGAAGAACUCGAUAAUGAAAUUUUGAAGAUUUUACUGAAAGCUAAGGCUGGUGAAGUAACAGAAAAACAGAGAUUAGAGAGAUUAAAACUGGCACUGAAAUGGGACAGGGCUGACAUAGCACAGGAAGAAAUCUUUAGAGAAGAUGCUUUGUGGAGUAGAGGAAGUUUUGAUGAGGCUAUGAGGACAGCCAUACUAAGUGAUAAUGUAAAGUUUGUACAGAUUAUUUUGAACCAAGGAGUGGUAAUGAGAGAAUAUCUUACGUUGAAUAGAUUGUUAGAACUUUAUGACAUGGCAUUGAAAGAAAUAGAUAUAAACAACAUGCCUUUGAAAAAGGUAAUCACUAAACUUGGCAUGGAAGAGCCUAAAGGUAUGACAAUGGAGAAAUUGUCUGCCAUUGUGGUUUCUUUGAUGGACAAAUUUGGUUAUGACUUCGGAGAAAAAGAUGUGGAAGCUAAUGAUGAUGAGGAAAAUCAGUAUGAACCUGGGCAAUUUAAAUAUCCAUACAAACAAUUGCUCAUCUGGUCAACACUGCUGCUUAGACAGCAGAUGGCCAAUUUUGCAUUAAAGAUGGGAGGCGAACCAGUGACAAGUACAGUAGCAGCAUCCAGAAUACACUACUCCUUAGCUAAAUAUAUACACAGAAAUGAAUUGUCUGUCAAAAAUAAAGUCUUAGCCUAUAAAGAAGAGUUUGAUGAAUUAGCAUCAGAUGUACUAGACGAAUGUCAUUCUAGAGAUCCUAUCAAAGCCAUGAUGAUUGCUGAGAGGAGAUCCCCUACCUGGAGUAAUAUGACAAGUAUGCAGAUGGCAGCCUCUGCUGACAAUCAGACUUUUUUGGCAUCAGUUGUAUGCCAAAAUUCUAUCAGUUCAACAUGGAAGAGGGGAAUAGGAUCAUCCUGGCAAAAGGUAUUUAUGGUGAGUUUGUUCCCCUUCCUGGCAGCAACACCACUCCUGGAUAUAGACAGACUUGGAGACAAUAAGAUGUCACCUGCUUAUAAGUUCCUGACAUUUCUAACUUCACCAAUAGCAAAGUUUACUUACCACUCUUUGAUGUAUUUGAUGUUCCUGAUGCUAUUUACAUAUUUUGUAUUAGUGGAGUUUCGGACAGCUUAUGUUACACCUAUUGAAGUUGUGUGUAUUGUUUGGAUAUUUACAUUCAUAAUCGACAAUGUAUAUACAUGUCUGGCAUUUCCAUCCCCAACACUAAAGGGUACCAUCAGAGACUGGUUUGGACUGUUAAAGUUUCUAGACAUUGGGAACUGUGUAUUAGCUGUAAUAGCAUUUUUUAUGCAUUUAGAAGGAACGAAAGCUAUGGAAGCCAAGUCUAUAUUUUGUAUCAAUGCUGUUGUGUUUUACAUAAGAGUAUUGGAAGUUUAUACAGUCAACAGUAGAUUAGGACCUAAAAUGGUGAUGAUUAAAAAAAUGAUGUUGGAAUUAGUGAUGUUUAUUUUAGUGUUGACUAUAUUCUUAGUAUCUUAUGGGAUAGCUAGUCAAGGAUUAAUGCAUCUUCAGAGACAGUCUGAUUGGAAGAUUCUUAGAGAUGUUAUUUACUUCCCAUACUGGCAGUUUUACGGAGAGCUGUUUUUAGAAGAAAUAGAUGAUGAUGAAAGUUGUAGAGAUCAACUUAAUACUACUAGUGGUGUUCCUGAUGUUUCGUUCUGUAGAACAUAUCACUGGCUGGUUCCUAUAUUUUUGGCAGCCUAUUUGAUGAUUGGGAAUGUGCUGUUGCUUAACUUACUGAUAGCCAUUUUCAGUAAUGUAUUCCAAGAAGUUGAGGUAAAUUCUAACAGAAUUUGGAAGUAUCAGAUGUAUUUGCUGGUGAUGGAAUUUGAUACAAAGGCUGCCCUAGUACCACCACUCAGUAUUUUUAUACACAUCUAUCUGGUCUUCAAAUGGGUCUUCAGACAUACCUGCUGCAGGAAAGCUAAAGGUCGCCAAUAUGGUUCUCGCCAUUUAGAAUAUUUACAACUAUUUGAGAAAGAACAAUUAUCUAACUACUUGAGGAAAAAGAAAGCUGAAGCUAAAAGUUGUACAGAUAUUAGUAUCCUUAGUAUGCAGAAAAGAAUUGAUGAGUUGUACAAGAUGAUAAAAGAGGACUUUUUAGAUGAUGAUCCAGCAACAGUAGACAGGGAAACUUCUAAGGCAGGAUUUGAAACUUUAUACAGACCAAAGACAGUAGGGGAGGCUACUCUUCACAGACAGAAUUCAAAAACAGGAUCUAUAAAGGAGACAGUGCCAAUAGACAAAGAGGAGGAAGAUAAAAAAGAAAGAAAACACAGAAAGAAGAAAAAGAAGAAGAAGGCUAAAGAUGAUGAAGAGAAAUUGUUGAAGGCUAAAGAUGAUGAAGACAUAUUAUUUAAGGUUAAAGAUGAUGAAGACAAAUUGUUGAACAUAGACAAAGACAUACAGAAACCAGAAGCAGAGAAAAAAGUUGCUGAUUUAUGGGAAGAUAACCAAUCAGAUGAGGAGUAUGCUAUGGCUCCUUCAUUGUUACCUAUUGCUCCAAGACGCAAAUCACCGACAAAAAAUUGGACAAUGGAGUCUGAUAGUGAUGAUGAGAAACCAUCAAGAUCGCUUCGUAUGAACAUUCAACAUGACUCAGAUGAUAAUUCUGAUUUGAACAAUUUUAAUAAAGUCAAAAAGAAAAGGAGAAGUAGAAGUCGACCACAAGAUUCUUUCUCUGAAGAGGAUCUUAAAUACAGAGGCUCAAAAAUACGCCAAAAGUUGAGAAAGAAAAGGUCGCGUACAAAUGACAGUGACUCUAACUAAUGGUGCCAAAAUUUUAUUUGUGUUAGUGGCCAUAGUUUGGUCAUAAUGUUGUUCCAUUAAGUUACAAUCAUUUUGUAAUGGUUAAGGCCAUUAACAAUAAGUGUGAUGUUUUUUCAUAUCUAUUUAUUCAUUUUGAUUAUUGUUGAUUGUUAAAAUGUUUUUUUUUUUAAGUUUACCUUAUUUUUUGGUAAAUAUUCUAAAAAGACGAUGUUCUUGUACCAGUUUUCAUACACAUCAAUAGUUGACAAGUUAUGAAUAACAUUUAUUUAUUAUGUGGAUAUACGAUGGUCCUUUUUAGACAUGGGCAUUAGCCUAAGAAGUAUUUACAUUCAAUGGCCUUAUUUGAGUGUAUGUAUAGAUGAAUGAAAUGAGGAUUAGUAUAUUAUGUAGUUGUAGUUUUUUAAACACAAUUUUUAGAUAAUAUUAAACAUAUUUAGUAACAAUUUAUAUAGAACACACACAUAUAGUAAUAUGAUGUAGCUAUUUCAGAAUAGUUUAAGGAUUUCAAAUUAUCAUAUGGUAAGAAGGAUAAAAUUCCAAUUUUUUUUCCUGUAGUAUGAUAAAAAUGAGGGUAUCAAAGAAAAUUGGCUAAUAUUUUCCCCAUCAUAUUAUUACUUUGUUUAAGUUUUUAGUUAUGGUAGUUUACCCUGAAGUUUUGGUCCCUUACUUCACAUGUUCAUUAUGAUGUUAAAUUUCUAAAUUGUAUGCCGAUUUCACGUUUAUCUGAACAUAGACAUAGGAUAGUGCUAGGGGGGCAGGGUGUACUAUGGACACAUAUUUUUUAUUAUUCAUGGAAAAGUCUGUAAAAUUGAGAAUGGAAAUGGGGAAUAUGUCAAAGAGACAACAACCCGACCAAGGAGCAGACAACAGCCGAAGGCCACCAAUGUGUCUAAGGAACUUAUUAUUCAGAUACUUAAUUUUGCCUCAGAUCAUCUAUUGGAAAAUACUUGUUGGAAUUUGAGAAAAUUUUAUAAUCGGGAAUUGUAUUAGUUGCAUUUUUAAUUAAACACGCACAGUAUAUGACAGGACAAGCAUUACUUUGUAGUGCAAGAAACCAAUAUAACCUAGUCUAGUUAAUGUAAAUUUUGGUAUAAUUUUGUACACUGGUGAGUCAAACAAGUUAUGAAUUGCAUUAAUUCUAAAGAGGGAACAUCGUAUACCGAGGACAUUUAUAUUGUUGGAUGCCAUAUGCUGACUUCUGAGAUUGUUGUCUCAUUUGCAUUUAUCACAUAUUUCUUUCAUUAGAUUUAUAUGCAUUUAUUGUUUUAUCUUUGUCAAAUGUAUUUCUAUCAUGUUUUUUUUCAUUUUUUUCUAUUAACCCUUGUAAAUGGUUGUGAUUCAAAGAUUUGGGAGCAGAAGUGGAUUCCAAAGAGUGGCUUAGAGAGCAUACCCCUUAAAAAUAAUUGGUUUUCUUUAAAUUGUCAAAUAUUUUUUUUUAACAUUUUUUUAUAUUUACACCCUUUUCCUCAACCUUGGAUCUGCCCCUGCUAAGCCAGUUGUAUUAGAUAGAAUUAAUAUUUAAAUCUUAAACUUGAACUUCAAAUUAUUGGUUUUGAUACUUGAAUCAACUAGUUUUAAAUAGUGUAUUGAAAUCACAUGUAAAUUUUUGUAUGUCACAAAUAGUAAUUAGUUGGUAGAAAUCAUGUGAAAGUUGUUUAUUUUUGGGGUAGAUUUUGUAUGAAUUUUUUUACACAAAGCUGGUGACCAUCUUUUAUCAUUUUAUAUUUCAGAUUACUAACAUAUAACAUUUAUUGUUUGUUAUAACACUUUAUGUAAAUUGACAUCUUUCAAUUUCUGUGUGAAUGUCUUGUUCCCUUUUUUUUUAGCUAUGAAACUAUAAGAAGAGAAUAUUACAAUUUUACCAUGGGGUCAAGAUUUAUAUUCAAAAUAGAUCUAGCUUUUUAGGCAUAACAGUGCCUUGUGUCAAACAAAUAAUGAAAUAAUUUGAUUGACUUCUUUUCAAUAUGUAUGACAUUUUUUUUAUCCAAUACUCAAAAAUAUACCAGUUAUUACAGGUAUGCAGCAAAAAGGUUGAGAAAUUUUACUAUGAAUUCGGUUAUUUUCGUUGGUACCAAUUUUAGUGGAUAAGGGAAAAAUUGUAGUUUCAUGGUUUUAUAUAAUUCUGCAUACAAGCGUGUAGAAAAUUUGUAUUUUGUUGAACAUGUAAAUUCAUGGUCCACCAAUACAGAUGAAAAUAAGUACCCCACUUAUAAUAAUAAAUCCUCAGUAUCACAAUUUUUUGUUAUCCAUGAUCAGUUUUUUUUUAUUCUAAUUGGUCAUUAUGGAAAUUAAGUUGUUAUACUGAUAGUUGAAACUAUUAACAAUCUUAACAAUUGAACAAAGUCCCUGUAUAUUUUUUUUAAAGCAAACUGAUCUCAGGAAUAUUCUGUUUUGUAAGCCUGGUUGUGCCAAAGUGAUACUUUCAAACACAACAUUUUUACCUUCUAAUGUGUUUAUUAUCUUUCCAUGAUUUGUGAUACUUUCAUGUGUUAAUUGCCUUUUUAUGUUUGUAUUGAGUCUGUUUUCUACAACAAACAUAUGAAAAAGGCAAUAGGCCACUUCCCAGUUAUUGCAGCCAUAUUGAAUAACAGGCAGAUUUUUUUGAUAGAGGUGGAAAUAUUUAAAAGUACAGGAAAUCCUAUGCAUGUUUCCAUGCAACUGUUCUGUUUCAAUGAUGUUUACCUGUAUUUUCAAAGCAUUUUCACCUUCUUUAUGAAAAUCUGCCCCCUAUUCAACAAGGCUACAAUAACCGUGAAAGGGCCUAUUGAUUUCGUCCUUCAGUUGUUCCAUUUAUUUUUAAUAUAUUUUUAAACAUUUAUAUUUAUUGUUUUUUAUGAUUGUUUAAUAAUAGUGGCUCAGUAUACUGUAUUAGUUUAUUUGUGUAGAUGAAAUUCCUUACAGUAGUAUAUUUUUAUAAUGCUGUUUAAAUUUAUAGCUGUGAUACGAUUUGAAUGACCAAUUUCUACAUUCCAUCCUAUUUCUAAAUGACAGAAUCAACACCUUUUUUUUUACGUGUCUAUUUUUGCAUUAGUGAAUGCAUUUUUUUUUUAAUUCAAAUUGCAAUUUAAGUGAUAUAAGAGAUUAAGGAGAGCA